ACCAGUUAUGAUUAUGUCUAUUGGUCUAUUGUAAUAUGGAAAAAAUAGGAAGAACAUUUAUAGAAGCAAAGAAAUAAAAUAUGUUUAUUGUUCAUUGUUUCAUAAACACAUAACACAUGGCUUGGAUAUCACGUGUAAUACAGUUUCAUUGAAUUAUUUUAUUUUUGGGUGAAACUAUGACUAAUUAUCAAAAGAAUGUGGGAAUCCAACCUUUGAAAACAUUUUUAGCUCGUGCAAUAUAUGAUAAUCUGUCAGAAAAUCCAAAAGAAUUAAAUUUUUCUCGUGGUGAUUUAAUCACAGUUUUGGAUAGAAAUCCAUCUGGUUUAAACGGUUGGUGGGUAUGUAGUAUUCGUGGUCAAUUAGGAAUUGCACCAGGUAAUCGUCUCGAACUAAUAGGUAUUGUAAAUAAAAAUAAAGAACAAAAUACUUCUGAUGUCUAUGAUGAUCCGACAGGAUGGUGUAUACCAAACGAUUACAAUAACGACAACAAUCCAAACAACAACAAGAAUAGCAUUUUAUGCACAAAAAAGUCUACACCAUUUAAUCCGCUUGAAGAAAAUCGUCUUUCUAUGAAUCGCAACUCAUAUUCAUUAUAUGAAAAUGUAGAUUAUUAUACAAAGUAUCCUAGUUCUGUUGGUUUGACAGAUAGUGGAAAUUUCUCUAAUCAAUCAAGUGAUGUUUCUUUCAGUAUACAUUCAAUAAAUGACGGAAUAGUUGAUCAGAGAAUGAAUCCAGAAAAUUCAUAUGAAGAUUAUGAAGACUUACCACAAAGUAUACCAGAAGAAUUUCGUGAUACAAAUAAUCCAAGCAAAUAUGAUACAACUAAUACUAAUUCUGAUAAAAAUGAAUUGACACUAAAUAGCGUACAUCAUACUACUAAUUCUUUUCAACAAUUAAACAAGGGAAUAUUGUUCUCUCUUAAUACACAAAAUAAAUCUACUGAUACUAUAAUGAAUUCAAUUUCACAGUUUAGUUUUUCUAAAGAAGUAGGUUCAGUAGAUAAUUUAAAUCGUAAAGAAUUUCAAGAAAAUCUUCUUCAUUCAUCCACAGAAAUUAUCAAUGAAAAACAAUCUACAUCAUCAUUAGAAUUAACUCCAAAUAUCUUUAGAACAGUUAAAGAAUUUACAAGAUAUUGGUUACCGAUUCAAGGACGUAUACAUGAUGAAUGUUUAAAUCUAAUGAAAGCAUUACAUAAUGAUGAUACAAUGAAUUCAUCACAUUUAAUAGCUCCAUUAUUUACACAAUUAAACAAUGAAUUUAUAAUUAUUAGUCAAUUAUGUACAGUUAUGAUUGGUCUUUCUAAACAAACAUCAUUAGAUAAUGGUUUAACUCAUAAGUUUAUUAUAUAUCGUCAAAAUAUGGAGAAUUUAGCUGAAUUAUUUAUUAAAUUAUCAAAAAAUAUCAAUGGCCAAUAUCAAAAAUUUGAUAAGCAAUCCAUCAAUGCCAUUCAUUUAAAUAAUAAUGACAAUAGUAUUGAAGAGAGCAAAACUUUACUUGAACAAACUAUUCAACAAUUACUUACUGAAGUCAAUUUAUUUUAUACAAUAAUUUUAGCUAAUUCUAAAAUUCUAUUUCAUUAUUCAAUGAAUAGAUCUCCUGAAUCCAAUCGAAAAUGUUCUUCUUUAACAAAAGAAGAAACAAAUAUGUUUCAUAAAUUAAAUACAUCAAUUCCUUCAUUGUCUAUGCCUUCUUUUAAUUCUUCAUUAAAUAUUUCAAAUAAUAAUAAACAAAAGUUUUUAUCAAAAUCUUAUGAAUUUAUUAAUACUUUAUCUAAUUCAAAUCAAAAAAUAAUGCCGGGAAAUUUAAAUUUUCAAAAAUUAUCACAAUUUUGUUUAAAUUCAUUAAAUAUUAUUGAUAAUUAUUUAAAUUAUUUAAUACAGUUUCAAAAUGAUACUAUAAAUAUUUAUUCAUCAUAUUUUAAAAAAAAUAAUCUUUCUAUACAAUCUAUUAUAGAACAAACUAAAAUGGUAAUGGAAUCAUCUAGUCAAUUAAUAUGUUAUACAAUGUCUAUUUAUAAUCAAUUAAAACCAUUAUCAUCUGUAUAUAAUAUCAAUGAUCAUAAUCAUUUAGAUACAUUAUCAUCUACAAGUUUAUCAAGAAAACUAGAGUAUAUGAUUGAUAAACUUUGUGAAUCUUUAAAAGGUUUAGUAAUACUAACUAAAGAGAUAGCAAAAUUUCUUACAAAUGAAUUUGAAAUUAUUCCAUCUAAUAAAAUUAUCCCAAUACCUGGUCCAUUAUUACAACGUUUAAAUGGUGCGCUGAAAUCAGUUCAAAAUUCAAUUAAAACGAUUUAUGAAUUAACAAAAAAUGAAUUUCGAAAACAAUAAUUAUCAGUAUUCAUCUAACGCAUGGAUUAGAGAAGAUUAGAUUUAUGAAAUUCCAUUUGUGAGGUCAUCUAGUUUUCUAACAAAUCAUUAGUGGAUGUCAUGUCUAAAUGACGCAUGUAUACAUAAACAUAUAAAUAAACUCAUAUCAUGAAUACCAUAACAUUAUUUAAAGAAUUCAUGAAGUAGUUAUUCGUAAUUUAUCUUAUUGUGUCUACAAUUCAAUUGGGGGCUUAUAUCUUGAAUUGUAAUUGAAAAACAAACGAUUAUGCAUUUUCAUUUCGUUUUUACGUCUUUGUACUAAAUUUUUUCUUCAAAAAUCAAUCAUUAGUGAAUAUAUAUGAGUUAGUUUUCAUUUUGUUGCCAAUCAUUCUUUAUUUUUUAUUAUGACAACAUUUCUCCAUACUAACAAACACAUUUUAUAUUGAAAGCCGGUGGUUGUAUUUAAGCCCGAUUCUUCAGCAUUUUUUCAUUAUUAGUUUGUCAUAUUAUGCAUCGGGAUUUGUAUGUUCGAUUCUUACCUAUUGUGACGCUUGAGCAUGUGUUAGUCCUUAAAAUUUUGCUGAACAGAGGGAUUGGAAAUAAAUAAAUAGCUUACAUAAAGCACUCUUGUCACACGGUUUCUUCACAAAUUAAUUUCAAAUACCAUGGCUUUAGUGGCGUAUAAGAUAGUUAUCUUCAAAAGAGACUUUUUGGUUUGACAUCAUAAUGCAUGAAGUCAGCGAAGACAGAAGAACUACAGUAACAAAGGUGGUACUGUAUGAGUACUUGGCUAUAUCACAGAUUGACUUAAGUCAGAAUGUUGAAUGAUCGGAUCAUAACUCAGUAGUCGACAGGUGUCUCGUUUUCGAUCAGAUAUGUUAUUCAUUAGUUUGAUAUUAUGUGAUAUUGGCAGCACACUCCUUAAGAGUCCUCAAGUAGCUCAUGUAGUGUGUUCUGUAUCUCCUGGUUCCGCAGACAGUCCUCCGACCAACUUCAGUUCCUAAUAAAAGUUAUUUUCAAAUUACCUAUAAUCUCUACAAAACCAUCUUCGGAAAUAAUAGAGAAAUCACAAAAAACACGUUUUCUCCCCAAUUAAUUUUGCAUUUUACUCUUGUUCUUUUAGAACUAUUAAAGUUAUUUCACAGAUAACGUGGUAGAUUCAAGUUGAAGUAUAGCUCAAUGAAGUGAUAGCAGUGGUCUUCUCCUACACUUCUUUUUGGUUACUCAAAUAUGCUUUGAGAAAACAAAUCUAAAAUAUGUAAAGCACAUUUGUCUUAAGAAUUUCCUACAUUAACCCAAAAAGUGGUAUUUUAUAUAUAUCUGACCAAACCUUUACAACACAUCAUCAAAAGGAAAGUAACUAGCCCGCAGAAAAUAUUCCCGUAUCUGGUUGAAAAGAGGGAGAAAUCUAGUUAAUACACAAGGGAGAACUUACUUAAGGAGAAUAAUAGUGGUUUGAACUGCUAUAUUUUGUCUCGAUUAUGCCACAGAUACAAAAAUGACAUCUCGUAAUGCCCAGUAAAAGUCGAUUGGAUCUCUAAGUGAAGACAAAAUAAAAUAGUUCAUAAUCACUUUGGUUAUCUCAAGUAGUAGCGGUCAGUGUAAUCAGAAAUGUCAAUAUGGACACUGACGUUAGUUCAUAAUCACUUAAGGUUUAGGAUCAUUAGAUAAGGGUUAUUGAGAAGACUUCAGUAAGUCUUACAUAAUUUUCUUCAGAGGCGUCUAAAAUUAUGGCAAGGAAUUACUAACCAGUGAUAAUGAGCUAUCAGCAGGGUUAUGAAAACCGUAGAAUAUUCUGGCUGGCUUUAUUGUUUCGCGAAAUACAUCUGAAUUC